AUGGACGUGCCCCGGGGCCUGGGGUUGCUUCUUCUCCUCCUGGGGAUCCCGGUCACCCAGGCUGAGCCGCUGUACAUCCUGGUGACCCCCCGGGUCCUCCGGAUCGGCAGCCCAGAGACCAUCCAUGUGGAGGCUCAUUCUGACUCCAGUGAGCCCCUCAGCAAUCCCCUUGAGAUUCCCGAGAACCUGGUCUACCCCCCAAAACCUGGGACGCAGUAUGUCAUCAUCGAGGCAAACUGGGCGCCUACCUCAGUCUCCUCAUCCAUGCAGAAGCUGGUGCUGGUGGCUCCCCACGCUGGCUACAUCUUCAUCCAGACAGACAAGACCAUCUACACUCCCGAGCAAUCGGUUCAAUACCGGGUGUAUGCCGUGAACCACAGGAUGGAUCCUGUGCCCAGGACUUUCACCCUGGACAUCAAGAACCCGGAGGGGAUUGCUGUGAUCAGCAAGGAUCUCAUGCCCGAGAAUGGUGUCUUCACAGAUACUUUCACCCUGCCAGAGCGUAUCAGUAUUGGGACCUGGACCAUUGAAGCCAGUUACCAAACUGCACCCAAGCAGAAGUUCAAGACAGGCUUUGAAGUGAAGGAGUAUGGUGAGAAGGGCGUGCUGGGGAGGACAAGGUAUAUAUUCAACAAGCUGGUGGAUGGACAUGCUCUGGCCAUCUUCGGGGUGAAGCAGGACUCCCAUCGGAUCCCCAUCCAAAGCUCCCUGCAGAGGGUGGAGAAGGACACGCUGAUGGCUGCCUUCCAAGGCCCAGAAGAGGACUUCAUCGGGGCCUCAAUCUUUGUCAACGUCACUGUCUUCUCCUCAGGGGGUGAGAUGGUCCAGGCCGAGAUCUCCGGGGUGAAGAUUGUUCGGAGCCCAUACAACAUCAAGUUCAUCAAGACACCCCAGUAUUUCAAGCCGGGGAUGCCAUUCCGCUUUAGGGUCUUCGUCUCAAAUCCUGAUGGGUCCCCAGCCUCCAAAGUCCUCGUCAGCUGCACAGAUGUGAAAGUACACACCACACCAAGAGGUGAGGCUACUCUGGUCAUCAACACAGACGCAAAUCUGAAGGAGCUCACUGUCCAGGAUGAGUCAGGGAACUUCCUGCACAUUGACGUGAAGGCGUUGAACACAGAAGUUGGCAGCAACAUCCAGCUGAGCCUUAACACGAAAGAUUCUUCUGUCAAUAACAAGAUCACUCGCUUCACCAUCUUGGUCUUGAGCAAGGGUCAGAUUGUGCAUGCCAAAGAAUUAAAAAAUCAUGGGAGUGUCUUCGCAUCCACCAUUAUUGAUGUGACUUCCAAGAUGCUGCCCUCCUUCCGCAUUCUCGCCUUUUAUUUACUGCCUAAGGGGACAGGACAGGACCCUGAACUGGUGGCUGAUUCCAUUUUGAUUGAUGUGAAUGACAAAUGCCAGGAGAAGCUGAAGAUUGACUUGAAGAAUGACGCAUACCUCCAGCCUAUACAACCAAGCAGCAAGGUGGCAUUGAAGGUUACAGGUGAUGCAGAGGCCACAGUGGGGCUAGUAGCUGUGGACAAGGCUGUCCAUAUCUUGAACAGCAAGCACAAGUUCACACAGAAGAAGAUCUGGGAUACGGUAGAGGAACAUGACAUCGGCUGCACAGCAGGCAGUGGGAAAGACAGACUUGCCGUGUUCAAGGAUGCUGGAUUGGACAUGAAGAUGAGCACAGGGAUGGGCACUCUGGCAAGCACAGACUGGCACUGCCCCCCAAGCCCCUCUCCCAGCCACCGCCGCCGCCGCUCCUUGAAGAGGUUGGAGACCAAGAGGAAAGCAGUGAACAAGUUCGAGACAGCGCUGGAGCAGAAGUGCUGUGAGGCUGGGCUCCGGGAGAACCCAGUGGGGCUGUCGUGUAAGGAGAGGAGCCAGUAUGUCCGCUAUGGACCAGUCUGCAUCGCUGCCUUCCUGAGCUGCUGCCAGCUGUCUGAGACCCUGACUCGGGAGGCCCGAGAGGAGCAGCUGCUUCUGGGGACAACGGAUGAAGAUGAUGAUUUAGACGACUUCUUCCUGGAGGAUGAGCCUGUCCGGAGCUUGUUCCCUGAAAGUUGGUUCUGGAAGACCAUUACUCUGCCAGAAAGCACAUCGGGCAUCUCCCACUACAUCACCGAUGUGACCAUGCCCGAUUCCAUCACCACAUGGCAGUUCGUGGCUGUCAGCAUCAAGACUGGACAAGGUAUUUGCGUCUCAGAUCCCUUUGAGCUGACAGUUAUGAAACCCUUCUUUGUGGAUCUUAAGUUGCCCUUCUCCGUGAUCAGGAACGAGCAAGUCCAGAUCCAAGCUGUACUGUACAAUUUCUUGCAGCAGUCAGUCAAGGUCCGAGUGGAGUUCCCUCACAAGGAGUCAUUAUGCAGUGCAGCAAAGCCAGAUGCCCCUUCCCGCCAGAUAGUGGCUGUGCCCCCCUCCUCCUCCAAGGUGGUGCCCUUCGUGCUUCUUCCACUUGAAAUAGGCAAAGUGGAUGUGGAGGUCAAGGCCAGAGGCUCUGGGGUCCAGGACCACGUGAGGAAGACACUCCUGGUCCAGUCCCAGAGCCCACUCAUCACACAAGGCUGUGCCUGCUCAGGUCAGACCCAGACGCAGCUGGUGCCAAAACAAGAAUUCUUGAACAAGAUGCCCAACACAGAGGCGGAAGUGUUUGUCAGCGUCCAAGGCGACAUCCUUGGCGAGACCAUGCUGGGGACCCUGACUCCCAGUGAAAUGUGGCGGCUGCUGAGGAUCCCGUCUGGCUGCCCCGAGCAGACGCUGAGCUCCCUGACCCCCGUGGUCAUCCUGACGCGUUACCUGGAUACCACGGGCCAGUGGGACAAGGUUGGGGUGGAGCUCAGGCAGCAGGUGAUGAAGAACCUGGCCAGCGGGUACAGCCGGAUGUUGACCCACCGGAGUGAAGACGGCAGCUACCACACCAGCAAGGGGAACCCAGGAAGCACCUGGCUCACGAGUUACGUAUUCCGAGUCUAUGCCUUGGCCUACCCCACCAUGACAAUCAGGGCACUCAGUCUUGAUUCUAUCUGCAACAUCGCCAACUGGAUCAUCACCCACAGACAGGGGAUGCAUGGGAACUUUGUGGAGGAAAGUCCUGUGGUCAUGUGGUCCAUGCAGGGUGGCUACCAAGGCUCUGAGGCAGACAUAUCACUCACAGCUCUUGUCCUGAUCGCCCUGAAUGAGGGGAAGGAGUUGUGCAGCCAGAAGAUACCGAGUUUGGCUGACAGCAUGAAGCGUGCCGGUGACUUCCUGGAGAAAAAACUCCCCCACAUUCAGACAACUUUUGCCAUGGCCAUAACCUCCUAUGCUCUGGCCCUCAUCAGGAGCCCCCGAGCCAAUGACCACCUGGACAGCUUUGCCAGCAAGGACAAAACCCACUGGCCAGUGGGUUUGGAUGACCUGGAUCUAGAUGACUCCCUAUACACCAUUGAGGCCACGGCCUACGCACUGAUGCAGAAACUAGAGCUGGGUCGGCGCAAUGAAACGCAUGCCAUCGCCAACUGGCUAUUGAAGAAACGGCAGCUGGGAGGAGGCUUCAAGUCCACCCAGACCACGGUCGUGGCCAUCGAAGCCCUCACUCGCUUCCGCGAAGCUGUCCCCUUCGACGGUGUCCAGGAUCUCCACAUCCAGAUCAAAAGUUCCAAGAGAGCCAUGCAUGUGGAAUGGGUCAUUGAUGAAAAGAACGCUUACCAGCUACGGUCAGCAAAGUUCUCUGCUGAGGAAGACCUACAGAUCAAAGCCAGCGGCACUGGAAGAGGCACCAUCUCGAUCCUGACCAUGUACCACAGGUCCCCAGAGUUCCUGGAGGACACCUGCAAGCAGUAUCACCUGAGUGUGACUCUAAACGACAACGAGGAAGAGAAUAAAAAGGGGGAAGCAACCUUUCGGCUCCGGAUGGAAACAAGGUUCCAGGGUCGUCAAGACGCCACAAUGACCAUCAUGGAGGUCUCCCUGCUCACUGGCUUCUACCCCAACCAGGAUGACCUCAAACAGCUCACAAGCGAGGUGGAGAGGUAUGCCUUUCAGUACGAGACCAAGAUGAACUCCAGCGACAGCACCGUUGUCCUCUACCUGGAGAAGCUCUCCCACAAAGAAGACACGGUGCUGGGCUUCCGGGUCCACAGGAUGCUGAAGGCCGAGUUCCUGCAGGCUGCCCAGGUCACAGUCUACGACUACUACGAGCCUUCCCGAAGGUGCACCUCCUUCUACAACCUGCCCACAGAGCACGCUUCCCUGCGGAAGAUCUGCGACAAAGACGUGUGCAGAUGCGCGGAGGAGCAGUGCCCAUCCCCCAAGAAGGACAGUAGCUACCUGAGUCAGGAGGAGCUCCAGACAGCAGCCUGUGAGGCUGGAGUGGACUUCGUGUACAAGACCAGUCUGGAGUCCGUGGAGACCUCCGACUCCAACCCCUACAUCUACUACAACAUGAAGCUCCAAGCCAUCAUCAAGAGUGGCACAGACUCUGCCAGACCCCUCACCGUGAAGAAAUUCGUCACUCACACCACCUGCCAAGACUCGCUGGGGCUGCAGGAACACGAGACGUACCUCAUAAUGGGCCAGAUUUCAGACCUGUGGAGAGUCAAAUCUGAAUACAUCCAUGUCCUGGGCAAGGAGACGUUUCUCAUGCACUGGCCAGCGAAUGGGACAGCGGGCAAGAAGGAAUUGCUGGACCAAUUGGCAGGGUUUUCAGACUAUAUGCACACCCAUGGCUGCGAGUCCUGA